AUGCCUUACGAUAACUACGAUAAAUGGUACUCUUACAAGAGCUGCGGUGCUAACAGUGAGGGCAAUCACUACUGUUCCCGUGACUACGGCUUGGGAGUGUUGAACUCCAAUUCCUAUCAUUAUUCCAACCAGGAUGGUUCCUACUACUAUUCGAACCCCGACGGCAGCACGUACUACAACAGUGGUAAUGGUUAUGCUGUGCACACCCCUCCCCCUGCCCCAGCUGAGUACUUCCAUGAGUCUAGCAACUCUUGA